AUGGGGCUUUAUAUUAUUCCUAAAAAGAUUAUCCAUUUAAUAAAUAUAAUAAUAUGCAUUAUAUGCCCAGCAGUAAAAACUCAUAAUUUACUUUUAAAUAAAAAAGAGAAAAUAAAUGAGGAGAAUGUUCAAUAUAUUCACUUUUUAACGUAUUGGAUAUUAUAUUCAUUUUAUUCAUAUAUUGAAAGUGUAUUUUUGAUACAUUUUAUGAAUUAUAUUCCUUUUUAUUAUGAAAUUAAAUUGGUACUUUUUUUCUGGUUAUAUAGUGACACCUUUCAAGGAGCAGGAUAUUUAUAUUUUAAAUUUAUAGAAAAGAACUAUAUAAUUUUGGAUAAAAAAAUUAGUGAUUUAAUUCAAAAUAAAUUAAAUAAAAAUAUAACAAAUUUUUUUAAUUUUGACAAAUCCAAUAAUAAUAUUCACAACAAAAUAAAAAAUACAGUUUCCAAAAAAGAUUUAUAUUCAGAAUAA